AGAGAAUCCUCGUCCUUCCCCUCCUCCCCUUCCCAGCCCUCCAAACCCUAGAAACCCGCGGCGCCACUCCGCUCGAGCCCCACCGUGCGAGGCGACAGGCGAGGCGGCGGGCGGAAUCCGCUUCAACACCGGGCCGGCGAGCCGCGGAAGCGGCGCGCGAGGGCGCUCGACCUCCACCCCCCCUCCGUCUCCCCGGCGCUCCCCGUGAUCUGCACACUCGGUCCGCCGGGUCGCACCAGCCACCGCAGGCUGCUCGGCUGCCCCAACUGCUGCCGCUGAAGAAGGCAGAGGCAGAAGCUACCUAAACCUGUUUUAAUCUGCUGAUCAGUGGCCAUGGCUGGAUCCAGCUGGAUGAUGCUCGACCGCUUUGUCUUCCACAGGGAUGACGAGGAAGAGGGCAGUCCCUUCCUAGACGAUUCCAAGGCGCCUUUGAGGGCAAGUUCGCGCACCUCUCUUUGCAACAAGUUUGACAUCCUCUUCCUCCCUGCCAAGCCCCCGGCCAUCUCCCGCUUCUACAUGCGGUGGCCUGAUGGUACAAAGUCGGAGAAUGCCAAGGGAACCGAGCUCGUGGCCGCCCACAGUGAUCUGGUUCUCUUCAGGCAAACUUCUUUUGGAAGAUUGGGCGAGGACGGUCUCUUACCGAUCAUACAAGACCACUUUAUCUGUGUAGCGUCGUGUGAGACUAAGCCGUCCCUGCAGCUCAGACGGCUCCCUGUCUGCAACAAGCCAAUGAUCUUCCCUUUUGGAGAGGAAGAGGACAAGGCAGUGGCUGAGCAGCGUCUGUUCUUCCCGCACACUGUAGGACUCAUCCGAGGCCAUGGCAAAAGCGUUGAAGCGGAAUUUGCAGUGGCGCAGCUGGCUAUGGUCAGCGAAAUACCUGGCACGCUCAAGAUGGAAGCAGAAGUUUGUGUGUUCCGCUCACUUGUAUCUGGUAAUGAUGGGGAUGGCAAAUGGGAUGUGAGGAAGAUACCAAUCGGCCAUAAGGAGGAUGAGCAUAAGGAGUUAUACUAUUGGUCAACUGAUGCUGUCAUCACAUUCAACUCUUACAUUUGUUGGAUCAACUAUUACAGAGGCGGUAUGCUAGCUUAUGAUGUACUUGAAGAAAAGCCCAAUAUCUUAUACCUCAGAUUGCCUAUUGUUGACCGUCCUAGAAGUUCAGCUCAAGGCAAAGCAUUCUAUGAGGUGAACCGCAGUGUGUGCCCCACGAUGGAGAUGAGCAAAAAGGGCAGAAAUAACUCUGUUCUCAAAUUCACUGAUGUUAUCCGCUCUGAUGGGGAGCCGUUUGGGCCACUUGGGAAAGGUUCUAGUUUCACCAUUCACUCCUAUACUUUGUCCUCCUUAGAUGGGUCAUGGGAUGAGCAUGUGGCCAUCACAUCUGAAGCGCUGUGGGCUUUAAACAGACGUAUAGGUCUGCCACGUGAUAUCCUGAUGUUCCCUCUUGUGAGCAUGCUGAAUUCCAACAUCGCAUACUUUUUGGUCUCAGAGUCUGCUGAAGAAGAAAACAGCAAGCUUUCUCUGGUCACAAUUCAGUUAAGUACCAAGAAAGUGCUCGCAGUUGAUCCAUAUAUUUCAAGAGAAGAAGGCAGCCCCAGUGGCCCAGAUGCUGACAUGAUUGAGGAAAAGUCUCAUCUCCUAAGGAGUUUCAUUUCCUCCAGGUUCCCCACGUACUUAACACAGGCACCGGCUGACGUGAUGAGGUUAGUGAGUAGACUUACGAUUGAAAUGGUGGAGGAAGAAGAUUUCUAGAUCAAGGGUCAAGUGAAGUGUGCGCCAGAGCGUCGUAAGGUCAGGCCUUCUGUAUGGAUGAGAUAGAAUCCCUGAGAAAUUGGAGCUGCUUGAUCCCAUCUUGUUCUGUCCAUCAAAGUUUGCGUCUCUGGUCUUGGGAGGACUUAGUUAACAAUUGGGCCUGUUUGCAUCUUCCUGCGUGUUAGCGAACAUUCUGCAAUCUGUGUUACUUUUAAUGGGAAAUUGCUAGAAAUUCACCGUCCCCUGA